CAAUAAUAAAUGUUAGCCGAGUUAACAACUCAUCGCCUGUCAAUCAACAUGUCGUAUAUUCAAUACUCAACUUGUUCACGACGGUCGUUGUUCCCUGCUAUUGGUCCAAUGCAUGUCACGGAGUGUCAUAUUUGACUGCGAUUUAUGUCCGAUGCUCUUACGGUUCCACAAGAACAUAUUACCCUGAUAGAGCGAGGUUUAAACAUCUGUGUGGAGAGAUAUCUCAGUGUCGGCUUGUGUUCAUUGUACACACUGGAAUAUAGAAACCCGCGUUUUGGGAAGACUGUUUUGAUUUCGUGGGUGCCCGCUAGCAAAUAGAGGAAUUUGCUUCAUGCAUUAACGUUGUGCUCCAUUGUACAAUACAAGCACUUCGUACUCGCAUCAAAAGUCGACCAAGAAACACAGAAGUUACAUACUGUAAUCGAAAAUAAUUCCAUUGAAGAGUCGAGUACGAACGAUUACGAUUUCACUAAAUAUCUCAAAUAAUCGCAUUCAGGAGUGACAUUCGGUGAUAUAUAAUUGGGAAUUUGGUUUAUUCAAGACAAUGGCGAGCAUUGCAGCAACUUUUGGACAUCCAUAUACUUCACAGUAUCUCAUGCAGACAAGCCAUCGAGCCUGUUGCAACGGCGGAUCGACACAGCUGACAUCCCAUUCAUCGUCAAGUGUUUGUUCAUGUCAUUUUCAGCAAAUGAUUCAAGCCCAACAAAAAAUUUCAGCAAUGCCAAUUGGCCUCAUGCCUCGUACAGCACCUAGUUUCUCCAUACCGGAGACAAGCCUUCUGCUUGGAGCUCGUGAGAUGAGAAAUGUACCCUAUUCCCCAUUGGAGAUACGUCACGAUAUUAAAGACCUUACAACAAGACAGUUAAACCCAGGCUGGUAUCUUAACUCAGGAGUAUAUCCAAGCCAUCACCCGAACGCUUUUGAACGCAGUUACCUCGCUUGUCAUGGAUACAGUGAAAGAUUCUCUCCAGUCGAUCUUGCAUCUGGAGCACGACGAAAAAACGCAACACGAGAGACCACGAGCACACUCAAGGCAUGGCUUUAUGAACAUCGUAAAAAUCCUUACCCUACCAAGGGUGAAAAGAUAAUGUUGGCCAUUUUAACGAAAAUGACGUUGACCCAAGUCUCCACGUGGUUUGCAAACGCUAGAAGACGUUUGAAGAAAGAAAACAAGAUGACGUGGUCACCUAGGAACAGAUGCAACGACCGUAAGGAUAAUGAGGAGUAUAGUGAGGAUGAAGAUGACGACGACGAUGAUGACGCCAGCAUUAAACUUUUGGAUGAUGACGUCAAUGUAAAACUGGUGGAGAAUGACGUCACUCACAGUGAAAAGGCCUUGUACAGAACGACAACCGUUAUCAAAUCAUCAAAAGAAACACCGGAAGUUAAUGUUAACGACCUAUCAUCAACAUCUACAAACACUGCAGAUGAUACAACCAACCCAAGCUACAUGUUCCAUACACGUCAGAAUCGAGUGCCACAUCAUCCUGUCCCCAGUCUACCAAGCGCAAUAUGGUCCAGCAUGCAACACUCCCACGCUACAACGGAGAACAAUCGAAGAAAAAAGACCCGCCAUGAUGAUUCACCUGUGAAUAGUUUACGUAAAUGGGUUGAUGGUUGUUUUGACAAGAGUCGUGGGGAGAACCACACCCCUGAUACUCCACCUCAUACACCACCUGCUGAUGUGGAUAGACCAGUAGAGAGAAUACAAGAAUCAACGGAAAGUAGUCAGAUCACAAAGAAGACAGAGACGAAAUAUAGUUCUGCAGAAAAAGAUGAUCACACCAUGGACGAUCAAAUACAAAACAGACCAACCGAAAGUCGUGAUGAAUCGACAACAAACCGUGAAAUAGACGCUGCUCUCGCGUUAACAACUUUGUUUGGAGCGAGGAGUUGAUGAAGGAAAGUUAAUGGAUGAUUUCAAUGGUGGAGAAUCAUGAUUACUUUCUGAACUAACUGCAUAGAGCGGGAAGUUUAAUGAAGGAAAGCUAAAGGAUCAUGUCAAUGAUGGAUAUCCAUGAUUACUUUCUGAACUAACUGCAUAGAGCGGAAAGUUAAUGAAGGAAAGCUAAAGGAUCAUUGCAAUGAUGGACAUCCAUGAUUAGUUUCUGAACUAACUGCAUAGAGCGGAAAGUUAAUGAAGGAAAGCUAAAGGAUCAUGCCAAUGAUGGACAUCCAUGAUUACUUUCUGAACUAACUGCAUAGAGCGGAAAGUUUAAUGAAGGAAAGCUAAAGGAUCAUGUCAAUGAUGGACAUUCAUGAUUACUUUCUGAACUAAUUGCAAAGCAAACUUCCAAAAUACUUCUAUGUAAAGUUUGUAAGAGCGAUCAAAAGAGCUCCGUUUUUCAACUUAAAAUCAUGCAACAAACAUGAUUUAUCUUACAGCUGUUCUUGUCAAAACAAAAAAAUAACUUAAACAAGAACACAAUGACUUGUUAGACGCAAGUCCCGAACAUUUUGUAAGAAAAUAAUAAUUUGUAUCGUAGAUGUAUGUAAUAUGUAAUAUAUAACAAUGCGCAAAGCGCUGAUGUUCCACAAAACACUGACAAUCCUUCAUUAAUAUAAUUCAAUGAAAAAUUAUUGAUUGGAAACACCAUUGUUAAAGUAUAGUUGUAAAUAACAAUUUAUGGAUAAAAAUCCACACCAAGAAACGAUGUAAAUACAUUACUUAAAUUAAAUGAGCCAUUUUUGCCAUGA